AUGUAUUCAAUUACUUGCCAGUGUAUUCGGCCACUUUCCAAUUCUUCACCAGUAGUGGAAGCUAAUGAUAAGCAUAAUGAUGUGAGACAUGUUAAUUUUGCAAAGAUCCCUUCAUGGGUCACUUUGAAAACCAGUCAUUCUUCGUUAGAGACCCAUAAAACUCAAAAGGGCCAAGUUGAAAACUUGCAUUUGGUUUCUUUAGCCAAACAAGGGAAGCUUAGAGAAGUGCAUGAAUUUAUCAGAAGCAUGGAUGAAGCAGGUAUUUCCACCGAUUCCCGAUCGUACGAAUACCUCUUUAAAAUGUGUGGAACUUUGGGAGCUUUGUCUGAUGGAAUGUUAUUUCACAAGAGACUGCAGAGAAUGGAUAACAGAAAUAACCUCAUUGACAAUUGCAUCCUCCAAAUGUAUUGCGACUGUAAGAGUUUCAAAGCUGCAGAGAGAUUCUUCGAUAAAAUGAUUGAUCGGGAUAUGUCCUCUUGGGCAAUCAUCAUAUCUGCUUAUGCUAAGAAAGGCCGUGUAGAUGAAGCUGUUAGAUUGCUCUUGCAUAUGCUGGAUUUGGGUAUCAUGCCGAGCUCCUCUAUCUUUUGUAAUCUUCUAAGGUCCUUUUCAGAUCGUUCGGUGUUAGACCUUGGCAAACAGAUACAUUCUCAGCUGAUAAGGAUUGGGUUUACUUCUGAUGUUUCAGUUGAUACGUUAAUUUCCAAUAUGUACGUCAAGUGUGGGUGGUUGGAGGGUGCUGAAGUUGCCACCAAUAAGAUGACUUGGGAAAAUGCUGUGGCUUGCACUGGACUGAUGGUGGGUUAUACUAAAGCUUCAAGGCACGGGGAUGCUCUGUCGUUGUUUGUCAAGAUGAUAAGUGAAGGUGUAAAGUUGGAUGAGUUUGUCUUCUCAAUAGUGCUUAAGGCAUGUGCUGCUUUAGAAGACCUACGCACCGGAAGGCAAAUUCAUAGUUACAUUGUAAAACUUGGCUUGAAAUCUGAGGUCUCGGUUGGUACUCCGCUAGUGGACUUUUAUGUUAAGUGUGCUAGGUUUGAAGCCGCGCAUCAAGCUUUUGAGAGCAUAAGUGAACCAAAUGAUUAUUCAUGGAGUGCUAUAAUCACUGGAUAUUGCCAAAGUGGUAGAUUCGAUAGGGCUAUUCAAACUUUUAAUAAAAUAAGAAGAAAAGGAGUGUUAUUGAAUUCAUUCAUCUAUACCAACAUCUUUCAAUCAUGCUCUGCUGUCUCAGAUUUAAUUUACGGUGCUCAAGUUCACGCAGAUGCAAUAAAAAAGGGGCUAAUUCAAUGCCUCUCUGGAGAGAGUGCUAUGAUCACUAUGUACUCAAAAUGCGGCAAACUGGACUCCGCUCAUCAAGCAUUCUUGGCCAUAGAUAAACCUGAUACUAUUGCAUGGACUGCUAUAAUUUGUGCUUUUGCUUACCAUGGCAAAGCUUCUGAAUCCCUGAGACUUUUCAACGAGAUGCUGCGGUCCGGUGCAAAGCCAAAUGCUGUCACUUUCAUAGGUUUGUUAAAUGCCUGUAGUCAUGCAGGUUUAGUUAAAGAAGGGAAGAAGUUUUUGGAUACAAUGAGUAACAAGUACGGUGUGAAACCAACUAUUGAUCAUUACGAUUGUAUGAUUGAUAUUUACUCUCGUGCUGGAUUAUUACAAGAGGCACUGGAUAUGAUAAGGAGUCUGCCAUUUGAACCGGAUGCAAUGAGUUGGAAAAGUUUAUUAGGUGGGUGUUGGAGUCAUCGGAAUCUCGACAUUGGGAUGAUUGCAGCUGAAAAAAUCUUUCAAUUGGAUCCACUAGACUCUUCUACUUAUGUAAUGAUGUUCAAUUUAUGUGCUUUGGCUGGGAAAUGGGAUGAAGCGGCCCGAUAUAGAAAGAUGAUGGCUGAAAGGAAGUUGAGGAAGGAGCUAAGUUGCAGCUGGAUUAUUGUGAAGGGUAAAGUCCAUCGUUUCAUUGUUGGUGAUAGACACCACCCUCAAACAGAACAGAUAUACUCAAAACUGAAACAGCUUGACUUAGCUAUCAAAAAGAGUGAAGAGGGUCUUCUUGAUGAAGAGGAUGAUGCUGUGUGUAACUUUACUGAGAGGGAAGAGCAACUUCUUGAUCACAGUGAGAGACUAGCUAUAGCCUAUGGUUUGAUUAGCACGACAGGCGAGACCCCGAUUUUGGUAUUUAAAAAUACUCGAUCUUGCAAAGAUUGUCAUGAGUUUGCAAAGAAAGUUUCAAUCGUAACAGGUCGUGAGUUAAUUGUGAGAGAUGCCAACAGGUUCCAUCAUGUUAAUUCAGGGAAAUGUUCUUGCAAUGAUUAUUGGUGA